AUGAACUGUAAAGUGAUUUGUGUGGUGCUUAGCGGAUUGUUUCUGUUUGAAGUCGCCCUUGCUGGUCCGGUUGUCGAUGAUUCUAAAGAUAACCAUAUUAAUUCGGUUCAUCCAGAAAAAUCAACAAUUGAAGAAUCACUUUUCAAGAAACUCAAUGUGAAAUGUUCCAAUCAAGAUAUCAGUUCCUGCAUGAUGCUGAAGUUGGUAAACUAUUUCAACAGGCUACUAAAGAAAUCGUAUAUUGAACUAGGUGAUAUUGAAAUCACACAGACGUCCACUGAAACUGUUAACGUAGAAUCGUCUAGAGGUUUAAACGAAGUUGAGAAAAUGGGAGAGGAAGAACAGUUGUAUGAAGUAUUGAUGAACAAAGCUUUUAACUUUAUUAAGACAAGAUCCCUGAAAUGGAAGGUGUUAGACGGAGCCGAUCUUGUUUUGGCCGGAGGAUCUGACAAAGAUGGAAGCCUCAAUCUCGGACUUUCUUUGAAGCCCAACACUGCCGGUAUUGAAGAAGGUCGUAAAAAGAAGAACAAGGAUGGUGGAAUGAACGCUCUGAUGGCUGCAGCUGUGAUGAAGAUUGGUUUGUUGAAGGCUUUAGCCUUUAAAGCUUUGGUGUUGCUGGUCGGAAAAGCUCUGCUUGUGAGCAAGCUCGCCCUUGUAUUGGCCAGUAUCAUCGGUUUGAAGAAACUCCUCAGUGGAGGCGAGAAACACGUCACAUACGAAGUAGUCGCUCAACCACAUCACGAGCACCACGUCGAACACAGCCAUUCCGGGGGUGGAUUCGACGCUCACGGCGGCGGUGGCGGAUGGGGAAGGAACUUCGAUGCCCAGGCUGCUCAGAACUUGGCAUAUAGUGCCCACGUUCCAUCUAAUUAA